ACUUUUCAUACUACUGACGCUGUUUGCCCGUGUGCUGAAGCCGCGCGCCGACACGAAACAGCCGAACGAGUCGUAGAUGCCCGUCCUCCAAGGCUCUUUUUUUAUCGUCGUCCUGGGAUACAUACUAGUAGGUGGAGCGCUUCGGCCGAACACUGAUAAUAAUCAUCAUCCUCUUCCUCUCCUCCUCCCGUUUCCUUCUUUUUCACGCAUCCUCAACGGACCUCUCUCAUCAGUGUGUCCAUCUCCCCACAUCACAUCACAUCCAUCAUGAGUGAGAGUCUUCGCUACGACGGCCAGACCGUCGUCGUCACCGGCGCCGGCGGUGGUCUUGGUCGCGCAUAUGCCCUCUUCUUCGGUAGCAGAGGAGCCAACGUCGUCGUCAACGACCUUGGAGGAAGCUUCAAGGGCGAGGGUGGUGACAGCAAGGCCGCCGAUGUUGUCGUCAACGAGAUCAAAAAGGCCGGCGGAAACGCCGUUGCCAACUACAACUCCGUCGAGGAUGGUGACAAGAUCAUCCAAACCGCCAUUGACGCCUUCGGCCGCGUUGAUGUGCUCAUCAACAACGCCGGUAUCCUCCGGGAUAUCAGCUUCAAGAACAUGAAAGAUCAGGACUGGGACCUGAUCAUGAAGGUUCACGUUGUCGGUGCUUACAAGUGCGCGCGCGCCGCAUGGCCUCACUUCCGGAAACAGAAGUACGGUCGUGUCAUCAACACCGCCUCCGCAGCCGGUCUUUUCGGUGCUUUCGGCCAGACCAACUACUCUGCUGCCAAGCUUGCCCAGGUCGGUUUCACCGAGACCUUGGCCAAGGAGGGAGCCAAAUACAACAUUCUCUGCAACGUCAUUGCGCCCAUUGCCGCCUCCCGCAUGACCGAGACCGUCCUUCCCAAGGAGGUCCUCGACAACCUCAAGCCCGACUGGGUCGUGCCUCUCGUGGCCUACCUGGUCCACAAGGACAACCAGGAGAACGGUUCCAUCUUCGAAGUUGGUGGUGGUCACAUUGCUAAGCUCCGAUGGGAGCGAUCAAAGGGUGCCCUCCUCAAGGCCGACGCCUCAUUCACCCCUGCUGCUUUGAUUGAGAAGUGGGCCGAUGUUGAGAACUUCAGCGAGGCUCAAUACCCUACUGGACCCAACGACUUCAUGGCUCUCCUCGAGGAGGCCCAGAAGCUGCCCGCCAACCCUACUCCCGCGCCCGUCAGCUUCAAGGGCCGCGUCGCCGUCGUCACUGGUGGUGGUGCUGGUCUCGGCCGCGCGUACUGCUUGCAAUUCGCCAAAUACGGCGCCAAGGUCGUCGUGAACGACUUGGCUGACCCCAGCAAGGUCGUGGCCGAGAUUGAGCAGCUCGGCGGCCAGGCCGUCGGUGUCAAGUGCAGCGCCGAGGACGGUGAUGCUAUCGUCAAGGCCGCCCUCGACGCAUACGGUCGCCUCGACAUUCUCGUCAACAACGCCGGUAUCUUGCGCGAUAAGUCUUUCCACAACAUGGAUGACAAGCAAUUCCACCAGGUUCUGGACGUCCACCUUCGUGGUACCUACAAGGCCACCAAGGCCGCCUGGCCCGUCUUCCUGAAGCAAAAGUACGGCCGCGUCGUCAACACCACCUCCACCUCCGGUAUCUACGGUAACUUCGGUCAGGCAAACUACGCCGCGGCCAAGUGCGGUAUCCUCGGUUUCUCCCGUGCUCUCGCCCGUGAGGGUGCCAAGAACAACAUCUACGUCAACACCAUCGCCCCCAACGCCGGUACCGCCAUGACUGCCACCAUCAUGCCCGAGGAGAUGGUUCAGGCCUUCAAGCCCGACUACGUCGUGCCUGUUGUUCUCGUCAUGUGCUCCGACAACAUGCCCGGUGAGCCCACCGGUCGCCUUUUCGAGAGUGGUUCCGGGUGGGUCGGUGAGACCCGAUGGCAACGAACCGCCGGUGCCCAGUUUCCUGUCAACAUUCCCCUCACCCCCGAGGCCGUCCAAAAGGCUUUCCAGAAGAUCAUCACCUUUGACGAGAACUCCGACAACCCCGAUGACCCGAGCUCCGGUACCGAGAAGAUCAUGUCCAACAUGGGCAACAUCGCCGAGGAAGAGCAGGGAGAAGAGGGAGAGCAAAACUACCUCAAGAACAUCGAGAAGCUCAAGGGAACUGAGACCACGGAUCCCUCGGAAUUCUCAUACGACGACCGGGAUGUCAUCCUGUACAACUUGGGUGUUGGUGCCAAGCGCACCGACCUUAAGUAUGUGUUCGAGGGUGACGAUGAAUUCCAAGUCGUUCCCAGCUACGGUGUUAUUCCCACCUUUGGCGCUCGCGCUGGUUUCGGAUAUGACGAGGUUGUCCCCAACUUCUCACCGAUGAUGCUCCUUCACGGCGAGCAGUACCUCGAGAUCCGAUCAUUCCCCAUCCCUACCGAGGCCACUCUCCUGUCAUACCCCAAGCUCGUCGAUGUUGUCGACAAGGGCAAAUCUGCCGUUGUCACCACCGGCUCCCUCACCAAGGACAAGGCCACCGGCAAGGAGGUCUUCUACAACGAGACCACCGUCUUCAUCCGUGGCUCCGGUGGCUUCGGCGGUGCCAACAAGGGCUCCGACCGCGGCAACGCUACCCGCGUCUACCAGCCCCCGAAGCGCAACCCCGACGCUGUCGUCGAGGCUCAGACCACCGAGGAGCAAGCCGCUGUCUACCGUCUGUCUGGUGACCGCAACCCUCUUCACAUCGACCCCAACUUCAGCAAGGCUGGUGGAUUCGACGUCCCGAUCCUGCACGGUCUCUGCUCGUUCGGUUUCGCCGCACGCGCCAUCGUCGAGAAGUACGGUCAAUUCCGCAGCAUCAAGGUCCGUUUCGCCGGCACCGUUCUCCCCGGCCAGACCCUCGUCACUGAGCUAUGGAAGGAGGGCAACACCGUCUUCUUCCAGGUCAAGGUCAAGGAGACUGGCAAGUUUGCCAUCUCUGGCGCUGGUGCCGAGCUCGUCGACGGUGGCAAGGCCAAGUUGUAGACGAUGGAAAUGAACGGAUAGAUGAG